AUGUGGAAGCGAAGAAAGACACAUCAACCAGCCAAAAGAAACAGCAAAGCACCCAAACGUGAAGAGGAAGAAGAAGUGAAAAAAAGCAAACGAAAAAGAGAAACCCAGGAAAAUCCAAAACCCCAGUUGACGCGGAAUGCCGCCAAACGGAGAGCAGUCUGGUAUCAUCAUCAUCAUCAUCAUCAUCUUCUUCUUCUUUCUAAACCUUUCGAACCUCCAUUGUUCUUAGGUGUUGAAAAUGAAUAUUCAGAGGAAGAAAGGAAGAAAAGGGUUGGAGCUAUAAAGAAGGUGGCAAUCAGUGCUUCAAAUAGGUUCAAGAGUUCCUUUUCAAAGAGAGGUCGCAGGCACAGCAGGGUCAUGUCUCUGUCAAUUGAGGAUGACCUUGAUGCAGAAGAGUUGCAGGCGGUUGAUGCUUUUCGCCAAAUGCUUAUUUUGGAAGAAUUAUUACCCGCCAAGCACGACGAUCAUCAUAUGAUGUUAAGAUUCUUGAAAGCAAGGAAGUUUGACUUUGAGAAAACAAAGCAAAUGUGGGCAGACAUGCUUCAAUGGAGAAAAGAAUUUGGUGCUGACACUAUCAUGGAGGAUUUUGAGUUUAAGGAACUAGACGAAGUUCUGAAAUACUACCCACAAGGGCAUCAUGGAGUGGAUAAGGAUGGAAGGCCUGUUUACAUUGAAAAACUGGGUCAGGUUGAUCCUAACAAGCUGUUACAAGUGACAACAUUGGAUCGCUAUGUUAAGUAUCACGUAAGAGAGUUCGAGAAAACCUUUGUUGUGAAGUUCCCUGCCUGUUCAAUUGCAGCAAAGAAACACAUUGACCAAAGCACAACCAUUUUGGACGUGCAAGGAGUGGGACUGAAAAAUUUCAACAAAGCCGCAAGGGAUCUCAUUCAGAGGCUUCAGAAGAUUGAUGGUGACAACUAUCCUGAGACCUUGAACCGAAUGUUCAUCAUCAAUGCUGGCUCUGGAUUUAGGCUCUUGUGGAACACCGUGAAGUCAUUCCUUGACCCCAAGACCUCUGCAAAAAUCCAUGUCCUAGGCAACAAAUACCAGAGCAAGUUGCUUGAAAUCAUUGAUGCCAGUGAACUUCCAGAGUUCUUGGGAGGUACUUGUACUUGCGCAGAUAAAGGUGGUUGCAUGCUCUCAGACAAGGGACCAUGGAAUGACCCAGAAAUCUUCAAGAUGGUUCAAAAUGGUGAGGGGAGAUGCCAAAGGAGAGCCUUGGCUGGUAUUGAGGAGAAAACAAUAAAUGAGGAUGAAGCAGUUUACCAAAAGGGAGGCGAUUCUUUCAAGAACAUAAAAUGCUUAUCGCCAACCGUGGAGCAUGCCAAACCAGAAAUUGCAAAGCAAAUGAGUGGUUACAGAUAUGAUGUCUCUGUCCCAAUGGUGGACAAAACUGUUGAUUCACCUUGGUCAAGAGCAAAAGAUAACCUUGCAAUUUCCAAAGAUUCUGAUGUUGGAAUUGCUGAAGCUGCAGAUUGUUUAGCUGCCAAGCCUAAUGAUAGAUUGAGCGGUCAAAUAGUAGGAAGGUUCAUGACAUUAAUAAUGGGAAUACUGACAUUGAUUAGGGUGACGAAGAACAUGCCUAGGAAGCUCACAGAAGCAGCACUUCAAAGCAACUCAGAACAUUACGACGGAGCCAUGACAAAAGGGCAUCGUCAGUUGCCGGCACCACCACCAGUUACCGGCUGCGACCACAUGUUGCUGAUGAAGCGCAUGGCUGAGCUUGAAGAAAAGGUCAAUGCUCUGGCUAGCAAACCUCCCAUGCCUCCAGAAAAGGAGGAAAUGUUGAAUGCUGCUCUUGCGAGAGUCAGUGCUCUAGAGAAUCAAGUGAAUGAAGCCAAAAAGGAGCUUGAUAAUGCACUUGCUCGACAGGGGGAGCUCCAAGCAGCCAUUGAUAAGAAGAAGAGGAAAAGGAGACUUUUCCGCUGGUAA